AUGAAGACGACAGGCGUGUUGCUGCUGUUGGCUCUAGCCCUUUGCUGCAUCCCAGAUACUGAUGCACUGCAGGGCUACUGCAGUGACCAGCUGGUUCCCCGAGAUGUCUGUACUAUGGAGUACGUCCCACACUGUGGGUCUGAUGGCAUAACAUAUGGCAAUAAAUGCUUAUUCUGCAAUGCGUUCCUGUACGAGAAGCCGUCGGACUCUUCGCUUGAUACGUCUUCAAGAGUGUUAACUUCUCAGCAGGCUUCAGCUCAGAAAGAGGAGUCCUCCCUCGCAAUGUUCCCUAUGGCAGAUGCUCCCCUAAAGCCUUGUCCUGAAUCUUGA